CGGCUCCGGCUCCGACUCCGCUCGGUGCGCGGCUCCCGGGGGUCCCGGCCCAUGGCGGGGCGCUGAGCCCCCCGACCCCCACCAUGCUCUGGGGGGGCUUCCUCCUGCUCUGCCUGCUCCAAGGGGCGCUGGGCGCAGGACGCCCCCCCGGCAGCGAGGGACGGAGGGCUCGGGACGCGGCCGAGGGGACCCGCAUCAGCCAGGACCUGGGGGGCGGCAGCCUGGCCAUCGACACCCUGCCCGCCAACGAGACCCGCACCGUGGAGGACAACCACAGCUACUACGUGUCGCGGUUCUACGGCCCGGGGGACGCGCGGCGCCGCGGGCUCUGGGUGGACCUGGCAGCCGCCAACGGGAGCCACGUCAGGGUGCACGGGAUCCUCUCCAACACGCACCGGCAGGCCUCGAGGAUUGUCCUGUCCUUUGACUUCCCCUUCUACGGCCACCUCCUGCGGCAGGUCACCAUCGCCACCGGCGGUUUCAUCUUCACGGGGGACGUCAUCCACCGCAUGCUCACGGCCACGCAGUACAUCGCCCCCCUCAUGGCCAACUUCAACCCCAGCUACUCCCGGAACUCCACCGUGCAGUACCUGGACAACGGGACGGUGUUCGUGGUGCAGUGGGACAAGGUUUACCUGCAGGGCAAGGAGGACCUGGGCAGCUUCACCUUCCAGGCCGCCCUGCACCGCAGCGGGAGGAUCGUCUUCGGCUACAAGGAGAUCCCUGUGCCGGUCCUGCAGAUCAGCGCCAGCCAGCACCCGGUGAAGGCCGGGCUCUCCGACGCCUUCAUGGUGCUCAACCCUUCUCCUGAUGUGCCUGAGUCCCGGCGCCGCACCAUCUACGAGUACCACCGCGUGGAGCUGGACACCAGCAGGAUCAGCAGCCUGUCAGCUGUGGAGUUCACCCCGCUGCCCACCUGCCUGCAGCACCAGAGCUGUGAAACGUGCUUGAGCUCGGAGCUGACCUUCAACUGCAGCUGGUGCCACGUCCUGCAGAGGUGCUCCAGUGGCUUCGACCGGUACCGGGAGGAGUGGCUGAGCUACGGCUGCGGCCAGUCGGAUGAAAAGACCUGUGAGGACCUGGCGGAGGGCGGGCACUACUCGGCGCCCCCGGGCAGCUCCGUGUCUGUGUCACCCGGCGCUGUCACCUCCCCCACGGCCUCGCUCUUCCUCGACAGCCUCACCACCGAAGAUGACACCAAACUCAACCAGUUUGCAGGAGGAGAGGGGAGCAGCCUGCCCUCGCAGAGCGCGGGUGCCCCGAUCCCCACGGGCACUGUGGUGGGCAUCGUGGUGGCCGUGCUGGUGCUGGCCGGGGCCAUCCUGGCCGGGAUCUACAUCAGCGGCCACCCCACGUCCAGCGCCGCCCUCUUCUUCAUCGAGCGGAGGCCGCACCGCUGGCCCGCCAUGAAAUUCCGGAACCACGGCAACCAUGGCUCGUAUGCCGAGGUGGAGGCGGCCAGCCAGGAAAAGGAGGGGUUUGUGGAGGCCGAGCAGUGCUGAGCGCUUCUCCCGAGGGAUCCGUCCUGAGGAAUCCCAAGGAAUCCAUCCUGAAGAAUCCUGAGGAAUCCAUGCUAAGGAAUCCAUCCUGAGGAAUCCCAAGGAAUCCAUCCUGAAGAAUCCUGAGGAGUCCAUCCCAAGGAAUCCAUCCAGGGAAGUCCAUCCAGGGGAAUCCAUCCCGAGGAAUCCAUUCUGAGGAAUCCCAAGGAAUCCAUCCUGAGGAGUCCAUCCCAAGGAAUCCAUCCAGGGGAAUCCAUCCCGAGGAAUCCAUUUGGAGGAAUCCCGAGGAAUCCAUCCUGAGAAAUCCAUCCUGAAGAAUCCUGAGGAAUCCAUCCUAAGGAAUCCUGACAAAUCCUGAGGAAUCCAUCCCGAGGAAUCCUGACAAAUCCUGAGGGAUCCAUCCCAAGGAAUCCUGACAAAUCCUGAGGGAUCCAUCCCAAGGAAUCUCAGGGAAUCUGUCCUGAGGAAUCCAUCCUAAAGAAUCUCAAGGAAUCCUGACAAAUCCUGAGGGAUCCAUCCUGAGGGAUCCAUCCUGAGGAAUCCUGAGGAAUCCAUCCUGAGGAAUCCUGACAAAUCCUGAGGGAUCCAUUCUGAGGAAUCCCACAGAACCCAUCCCAAGGAAUCCCGAGGAAUCCAUCCCAAGGAAUCUCAUGGAAUCCAUCCUGAAGAAUCUUGAGGAAUCCCGAGGAAUCCCAAAGAAUCCAUCCUCAGGAAUCCAGAGGAAUCCAUCCCAAAGAAUCCCAAAGAAUCCAUCCCAAGGAAUCCCAAGGAAUCCUGACAAAUCCCAAGGAAUCCACCCUGAGGAAUCCUGAG